CGAGAAGCGAGAGGAGGAUUUCGACUAGUCGCGCACCAGACGAAACGAGGGAGCGCUCUCUACCAGCCGUGGAGCGGUAGGCAAGAGCGAAGGACGAGGCUUGACGACACCAUACUGCCGGGUAACUAACUAGUAAUUUCGUCAUGUCUCUGAAGCAGGAAAUCGAGACUUGGGUGGCAGCCCUAGGUGCCUACGACAACAACGAGUUUGACGAGGCCCUGAAGACUUUCGAUCAGAUCUCGGACACGUCCAAGAUUCUGUUCAACUGCGGUGUUAUUCAUGCGACGCUCGGCGAGCAUGAGAAGGCGGUCGAUUGCUACCAGCGCGCUGUGCGGCUGGACCAGUACCUCGCCGUUGCAUACUUCCAGCAGGGUGUCUCCAAUUUCCUUAUGGGUGACUUUGAGGAAGCGCUUGCAAACUUCAAUGACACACUAUUGUAUCUCCGCGGCAACAACAACAUCGACUACGAGCAAUUGGGCUUGAAGUUCAAGCUGUACUCGUGCGAGGUCCUCUUCAACCGUGGUCUCUGCUACAUCUACCUCCAGCAGAAGGAUGCCGGUAUGCAGGAUUUGUCUUUCGCCGCCAAAGAGAAGGUGGUACCCGACCACGACGUGAUAGACGAGGCUAUCCGAGAGGAGGCAGAAGGCUACACAGUCUUCUCGAUCCCCGUCGGCAUUGUCUACCGCCCCAAUGACGCAAAGGUCAAGAACUUGAAGACGAAAGACUACCUGGGAAAAGCCCGUCUCGUUGCUGCUUCUGACCGACAAAACGCUUUCACUGGAUUCGCUGGGUCUGAGAUUAAGAAGUUGGCCAACGCGGCCAAGGACGAUCGACCCGAAGAGAAGCUGUCAUUCGCCGCAACAAACCUCGUUAAGCCGGAGCUCCAGAGCAGAGCACGACAGCAGUCUGAGCCACCGAUGAACCGUAACAUGUUCCCUCCGACCCCGCCACCCGAGUCGGACAACCGUCGAUCUAAAGAGAAGGCUGAUCCAAAUGCGCCAAUGUCCCGUGCUCAAUCUGUUCGUGGUGGUGGCCCCAAGCCGCAGCCUCUGAACCUCGGACGUGCUGCCUUCGACCGCAGAGAUGAUCGCCGGGACGACCGUCAGGAUGACCGUCGUGAUGACCGCGAUCCACCACAACAGCGGAGAGGUACUCAACGGUCUGCUUCUGAGCGUCCUGCGCCUAGUCGACAAGAGUCAACGCGGAACCGUGACAUGGGACGCGAUCCCCGCGAGCGAGACAUGGGCGGCAGGCGUUCCCGAGAGCCUCCUCGUCGCCGUGGGUCUGAAGACGAGGAUGAUUACGCUGACGAUGUCUAUGACAUGUACCAAUCGCGCGGAAGUCGCAGUGGCUACGGACGCGGAUCUAAACAGAGACGUCCUGCUUACAUCGACGAAGAAGAUGAGGAUGAUUACGACGGCAGUGACGUUGAUGAUGCUGACUUUGAGAUGGUAUCCCGCUCGAAGACUAGGAGACGUUCGCCUGUUCGCUCCAACACUUCCGCAGGCCGCAGUGGCACUGGCGGUAAGAUCAGGGUCAAGUGCCACGCGGGCGACACGCGCUACGUAUUUGUCACCCCGAAUUCAUCCAUGCGAGACUUUGUCCAGUCCAUCCGCGAGAAGUUCGGUAUCCGCCAGAACUUCAAGGUCGAGAUCAAGGACGACGGCGAUAUGAUCACCAUGGCAGACGAGGACGACCUGGACAUGGCGAUUCAGAACGCCAAGAGCAUGGCCCGCAAGGAGGGCUCUGAUACACCCAAGAUGGAGGUUUGGAUACGAGAAGUAUAAAUUUGAGAUACCCGCGCCUUCAUCCCCCACGAGGACCGCACCGUUUUUCUUUCACCAUCUACAUAGGACAUCUCACGAUAUCUUGCGUACCUACGUCUACUCUUACCCACGCCCGCUUUGAUGUAAUGUCGAUAUGUUGUUUAUCAGCGAGCAUCUAUUCCCAUUUUAUACAUAGCCUUGCGAGCAUGGAG